AGUACUAGCUUCCUAUCAUCUGCUGAGUGAUAAAAAAUAUGAUGUUUUCAGCAUCUAAUAGAUACCGCUGUCCAAAAUUUUCAAAUCCUAUCACUAUAUAUAGCCAUGGAAGCAACUUAUAUUACUCACAACAGAUAUCACACCAAACUUACUACAAUAUAUAUAUAUAUAGCCUCCCAAAACAUCAACUGCUAGAAUUUCCAGAGAUGGCUAUGGUUAGAGCACUGGUGAAGGAAAGGCCUGUGGUUAUAUUCAGCAAAAGCUCUUGCUGCAUGUCCUACACCAUUAAGACACUGAUAAGCAGCUUUGGGGCAAAUCCUACAGUUUAUGAGAUGGAUGAGCAUCCACAAGGGAAGCAGAUAGAGAAGGAACUGAGAGGAUUAGGUUGCAAGCCAAGUGUGCCAGCUGUGUUCAUAGGAGAAGAGCUCAUUGGUGGUGCCAAUGAAAUAAUGAGCCUUCAUCUCAAGGGUCAACUGGUACCCUUGCUCCUCAAUGCUAAUGCCAUAUGGCUUUAGUCAACCAUAUUCAAGAAUAUUAUAGAAGUUGGACUUGUGUUAUAAGUACUACUAAGAACAACAGAUUGAUGCAUUCUAGUCAUUAGAGCCGAAACAGCAAGAAACGUUUUCAGCCUUCAUUGCUGUUCCAAGUCCAAGGAUAACUUAUGUG